AUGGAACAACUAAAGAAAAAGUUGGAUGAUGGAAGCUUUGAUAAGUUAACUGAAUACGUCCGAGGAGCUCUACGGAUUUUUAAGAAGCUUUUCAAUAGAGGUAUUAAGAGAAGUACCAACAUGGAACAUGCAUCCACGGAUGAAAUUUUUGUUACACCUCUGAUAAGAUGGGUUCAGUUUGUUGGAAACGAUGUUGGCUUCGAUGAGUUGCUGGCGGUGAAACAAUCAACAACAUCAAAAUUUAUCGAUCCCCAUAUUGUUUGUGUAGCAAACCGUUACAAGCGCGGUAACGUGUACGUUACGUUCAAUAAAUUUAUAAUUUCUUGUGGCAUGUCAGCCAUUCGUGCCAUCGAAGUGCUUUUCAAAUGCUUGCCUUUGUUUGGCCUAAAAGCACCCGUGUUACUGCGCAAACUAAACGAUAUGCUUUCAGUUAAUGUCUUUGGCACAAUUCAAUCCAGCAAAUGUAAAACAGUAACAGAUUUAACUGCACGCUACAAGGAAUUUUCGCAUAACUUAACGAAUGAUGACUGAUCGAUAUUAAAUGUAACAUGCCGAUGAAGUCGAAGCUGAAACAGUUAAAAAUGUAAAAUGAAAAAUGAAUGGUAAUAAAUUAGUUGUUAUCCUCACGGAUUUUAUUGUUCUCAAUUU